AUGAUCUUAACUCGCCUGUUCUUCUCAAUCUGUUGGGUGUUGUUCGUAGGUGUCAGAGCAGAUCCCUACCAUCUGGACUCUACAUAUGAAGGAGCAACCUUCCUUAGUGGAUGGCAAUUUUUCACUGAUCCAGAUCCCACUCAUGGUUACGUUACAUAUGUCGAUGAAGGUGCUGCGAGGGCAAGUCAACUCAUCAAUACAGAUGCUCAUGGACCAGUAUAUAUCGGAGUCGAUCAUACUACUGUUUUAGAUCCUGCUGGUCCAGGACGCAAAAGUGUACGCAUAGUGAGUCAGAAAUCAUGGACACAUGGAUUGUUUAUUGCAGAUAUUUUGCACAUGCCUGGUGGAGCUUGCGGUACAUGGCCAGCUUUUUGGUUGGUUGGCCCAGACUGGCCGAAUAACGGAGAAAUCGAUAUCAUCGAAGGCGUCAACCAACAGAUUGACAACAUAAUGACUCUCCAUACCUCGGCGGAUUGUACCAUGCCAAUCAAAGACAACACACAGCUAGGUACGAUGAAUAGCAAUCAAUGUGAUGGCAAUUUGAACAACUAUGCCGGCUGCGGCUCAACAGCUCAAGGCGGAGCGUCUACCUAUGGCAAAUCUUUCAACUCCAAUGGUGGCGGCAUCUACGCCACGGAAUGGACCUCAGAUUAUAUCAAGAUUUGGUUCUUUCCCCGCAAUGCCAUUCCGGUGGAUAUCAAAGAAGGAAAACCAGAACCCAGCUCCUGGCCAAAACCUCAAGCAAUUUUCCAAGGUUCUUCUUCCUGUGACAUUGAAAAGCAUUUCGCGAAACAGAGUUUAGUAUUUGAUACUACCUUCUGUGGAGAGUUUGCAGGAGGCGUUUGGGGAAAGGAUGGUGGAAUCUGCAGCCAAGGAGGAAAAUUGACUUGCGAACAAUUUGUGGCGGCAAAUCCAGAUUCCUUCAAAGAUGCGUACUGGCUGAUUGAUUCCGUCAAGGUUUAUCAACUAUGAAAGCAUCCAAUGGAUCUACGCAUGCCGGAAAGA